AGCCCUCGUUAGGCAACAAUCGGCACAUCUCCCGUUUAUCAACAACAGAGCGAGUGGGGGAUCUCUAUCCAACCUAAUGAACAGUACGGCGACACCCUCUAACUGGAAUACUGCUUUACUGUGAAGAGCAUGAUAUCCGCUUUUGUCUCCAACGAUCAAUCUAUAUGGCUCGGAAAAUGCAGGUACCGGGCUAGGCUUUCCCCUCCUUUCUCGGUCGGAGUAACCGUUCCUGGGAAUAGUAGCUGACCUUGAUUUGAUGCUGCCGAUGUCUCACGAUCUCCUUCUGUAGAUAUAAAAGCAGUUCUAUCUCUCUGCUUCUCCAAAUUCAAAGGAUUAAACCCCAACUGUCACUCUUUUAUCACUACAGCCAUUCUUUUCCUACUUGACAUUUUUACCCCAUGAAGUCCGCUACACCUCUCCUCGCCGCAGCCGGCGUGGCUGCAGCCAAGAACUGCAGCGUUGACACCAUUGCUCGAUUCCUUCCCAAGAAUGCAACCGUCUUUUACGCCAAUCAUUAUGAAAAGGGAUAUAACUUCACCCCUCCCAUUGAAUACAACUAUGGUCUGACCUCCGACCCCAUGGGCAUCAGCGCCUAUGAACUUCCUCUUGCCGGCUGUGUCGCCCAGGCCAACAUCUCCCUGCCCAACAACACCCAGCACAGCGUCGGUCUAGUCCUACCCGACGAAUGGAACGGUAGAUUCAUGGCCGUCGGCAACGGCGAAUUCGCCGGAUCUGUCGGCUGGUCUUCCAUCAUCAACACCAUGUGGUACGGCUUCGCCAGUGUAUCAACCGAUACCGGCCACGAGGGCAACAACGGAAGCUUCGGAUACCACAACGAAGCUGCCCUCACCAACUGGGGCUACCGCGCCCUCCACGACGCCGUAGUCAACGGCAAGAAGGUCACCGAGGGCUACUACGGAAAGGACAUCUCGUACAGCUACUACCGGGGUUGCUCCGCCGGUGGCAAGCAGGGCUUCAAAGAAGUCGAAAUGUUCCCCGACGACUUCGACGGCGUAGUUGCCGGCGCACCAGCCUGGUGGACUUCCCACCAGCAGCUGUGGAACGUCCUCACUGCCAUCUGGAACCUCCCCGAAACCGCCGACUACCACGUCAGCGACGCCCAAAUGACCGCCGUUCAGGACGAGAUCCUGAAGCAGUGCGAUCCUCAAGACGGCCUGAAAGACAACAUCCUGCAGAACCCCUUCGGCUGUGUCUUCGACCCCGUCCCCGUGAUGUGCAACGCCACCUCCUCCAACGACACCUGCGUGACCCCCGCCCAGCUCAAGACCGUCAACAAGCUCUUCAACCCCUGGUACGAAGCCAACGACACCCUGAUCUUCCCCGGCUACACCCUGGGCACUGAAGUCGGCGCCCCCAGCCUGGACGACGACUUCGUCACCUACAUCCAAUACAUGCUCCAGAUCGGCGGCGACUGGACCUGGAAGGACUGGAACCCGGACCUCGUGGCCCUCUCCGAAAAGAUCAACCCCGGAAACGCCACAGCCGACGACUUCGACAUCUCCCCCUUCUACAAGAAGGGAGGCAAGCUUCUCCACUACCACGGCUACUCCGACCCGUCCAUCGCCACCGGCUCUUCCGUCUACCUGUACAACCACAUCCAAGAAGCCCUCCGUCCCCAGGACAUCCCCAUCGACGACUUCUACCGCUUCUUCCUGAUCCCCGGUAUGGAGCACUGCACCGGCACGCCCUCCGACCAGGACGCCCCUUACUACAUGAACGGAGACAGCCAGGCCGCUUCUCUCUCCGGAACCGUGUUCGGCGUUCCCGGAUUCAAUGACCCCAAGCACGAUCUCGUCCUGGCUAUCAUGAACUGGGUCGAGAACGGCACUGCCCCUGACUAUCUCAUCCCGACCAAGUUCAAGAACGAUGAUGUCGCCGAUGGCGUCGACAAGCAGAGACCUAUUUGCCCUCAUCCCCAGCUGGCUAAGUACAAGGGCUCUGGUGAUGUGGAUAAGGCUGAGAACUGGUACUGCGGUACUCUUUACUAGGUAGGGAGCGUGUCUUGCUUCUUCAUAGGUGUAUAUGGAUGGAUGUUUGAUGUGUUGUGGUUGGUGCUGCUUUGGUACCUGUUCGUGUGUAUAUAGUACCGACUGGGACCUUGAAUUCUGCAUGAUAAGAGUGUAGUAGAUGCUCGAUACACUUUUGUAAUAUAUAAAAUGUCCAAAAAUGCUAC